AUGCGCGAGGUUAUAUCACUCCAUAUAGGACAAGCUGGUGUGCAGGUGGCGAACGCCUGCUGGGAGCUCUUCUGUUUAGAGCAUGGUAUCCUUCCCGACGGCACGAUGGCUAGCCGCGACUCGGCGAUCGCAGCUGCCAAUAACGCUUCCUUCGGGACCUUCUUCUCUGAGACCUCAUCUGGAAAACAUGUUCCUCGUUGCUUGUUCCUGGAUUUGGAGCCCUCUGUUGUAGACGAGGUGCGCACCGGCCCUUACCGCCAGCUGUACCACCCAGAACAGCUGAUGAGCGGGCGUGAGGAUGCUGCCAAUAACUACGCUCGGGGCCACUACACUGUAGGGAAGGAGAUAGUAGACACGGCUCUCGAUCGCAUACGAAAACUGGCGGAUAACUGCUCUGCGCUGCAAGGAUUUCUGAUCUUCAACUCAGUUGGCGGAGGCACUGGAUCCGGUCUAGGCUCGCUCCUUUUGGAGCGUUUAUCGGUGGACUAUGGAAAGAAGAGCAAGCUCGGAUUUACAGUGUAUCCGUCGCCACAAGUCAGCACUGCUGUAGUGGAGCCCUACAACUCUGUGCUGUCCACCCACGCGCUGCUGGAACAUACGGAUGUGGCCGUGCUUCUCGAUAACGAGGCUAUCUAUGAUAUCUGUCGGCGAUCCCUGGACAUCGAGAGGCCAACGUAUCGGAAUCUGAAUCGCCUCAUCGCCCAAGUUAUCUCUUCGCUGACGGCAUCGCUUCGUUUCGACGGCGCGCUCAACGUGGACUUGACCGAGUAUCAAACCAACUUAGUACCGUAUCCUCGGAUUCACUUCAUGCUGUCGAGUUAUGCGCCAGUUAUAUCCGCCGAAAAAGCUCACCACGAGCAGGGCAGCGUCGCCGAAAUCACCUCAGCUGCCUUCGAUCCCGCCAACAUGAUGGCCAAGUGCGACCCGCGGCACGGCAAGUACAUGGCUUGUUGUCUGAUGUAUCGCGGCGAUGUCCAGCCUAAGGAUGUUAAUUCCGCUGUCAAAGCGAUCAAGAGCAAGCGUAGCAUCCAGUUUGUGGACUGGUGCCCCUCCGGUUUCAAAGUUGGUAUCAAUUCGCAGCCGCCCACGGUCGUUCCGAAUGGUGACCUCGCCAAGGUGCAGCGUGCGGUUUGCAUGGUGAGCAACUCAACAGCCAUCGCUGAGGUAUUCGCGCGCAUCGACCACAAGUUCGACCUCAUGUAUGCCAAGCGGGCCUUUGUGCACUGGUACGUUGGUGAAGGAAUGGAGGAGGGCGAGUUUAGCGAAGCGCGUGAGGACCUCGCCGCGCUCGAGAAAGACUACAUCGAAGUCGCAGCAGACACCAACGAGGAAGAGGAAGAAUACUAA